CCGGAAGUUAACCUAGAAACGGGCUAAUGGCUCAUUAGUGAAAGGAUUGUGUAAGUUCAGGGAUUUUUGUGAAAGGAUUUGAAGUUCAGGUACCACUUCGAAAUUCCAGCUAAAGUUCAGGGUUUUAAUUUUGCGGUGAAGCUUCGAACCAGAGAGACGAAGGAGAGAGACGAGACCAGAAAGACGAAGGAGAGAGACGAGGCACUGAGUUUUUCCAGAUUGGAACUCAAUCUUCUCUUUGACGAGUAAUGGAUCUAAACAGUAGCCACUCUUUCGCCUUAUCAAGAAGAGUUUGUGAUUAUGGUGAAUGGUUAGAGGUGCCUGCUUGUAGGUGUGGGAAAGAGAUGAGUAUUCUUACUUCGUGGACUAAUAAAAAUCCUGGAAGAAGAAUGUGGAAGUGUGAUGGAAAUGGUACUCAGAAAUGUCAUUAUUGGGAAUGGCUUGACCCUCCAAUAUGUGAUCGAGCUAAGAAGAUCAUUCCCGGACUUCUAAAGAAGAGCAAUGCCAAAGACGAAGAAAUAAAGUUCCUAAAGAAGCGUAUCAAAGACAAGAGGAUUGGAGCUUUUCUGUUCGGCUUUGGUGUAGCAAUUGUGCUUAACAUUGCAGUGUUUGUAUUGUUUAUGUGAUCUAAAUUAUGUACUUGUAGUGAAGUGGUGUUUGUAAUGUUUAUGUACGCACAAUUUAUGUAUUUGUUGUGAUGAACUUUGGAAGGCAUGUUCAAUGUGAAAAAAAAUGUCUUUUUAAUAAGAAGGGAUGUUCAAU